UUUACAUAGGAUAGACUUCUUCUCAAAUUAAAUUUUUAUUUAUUUCUGAAUCCAAUAGCAUCCCUACCACAGCAUCUUGAUAAAUAUGACACACACAAAAUCCGAAGAGAUGGAGCCACACACAGAAGCUCACCCGUGACAUACAAAUUGAAAACAAUCAUUUCCCAAGAAUCUUUCUUGUGCACUACAUUUAUUUAUUCAUAUACAUCUAUCCAAAAAUCUUUCUUCUGCACAUUGCUCUGUUUCCCUUCUGUUCAUCAAUGGCAUUAGAUUUAACAAUUCUUACAGUCCUAGUCUUCGUUGUUCUGCUAAUUGCAAAGCACUUCAGAAGGAAAAGCAAGAAAAAAAUUUAUGCCCCAUCUCCACAGUCAUGGCCGAUAAUCGGGCACAUGCAUCUGCUACUGAAAAAAAAGCCAAUUCACAGAACUCUGUAUUCACUUUCAGAGAUCUAUGGGCCGAUCAUGCAACUCCAACUUGGAAAUCGCUCAGUUUUGGUUAUAACUUCUUCACAGAUGGCCAAAGAAUGUUUUACAGUAAAUGACAAGGCUUUUGCUUCGCGCCCACGCCUUUACAUUGGAAAGCAUAUGGGAUAUGAGUAUAAAUCUCUGGGUUGGGCUCCUUAUGGCUCCUAUUGGAGGAACAUUAGGAAAAUUUGCACGCUUCAGCUCUUCUCUGCAAGCAGAAUCCGAUCCUUCAGACAUGUUCGUGAGGAGGAAACUUCUGUUUUAAUCCGUUCUAUGUUUGAGAGCUGUGAAGAAGAGGGGGGAAACAGCACUGUAAACAUGAAAUCCAGGCUUGCCCAAUUGACUUUUAAUAUUAUUAUGCGUAUGGUGGCUGGCCGGAUUUCAUUGGGAGUUGAGGAAUAUAAAGGAGUUCAGCGGUUUAAAGAGAUGAUCGAUGAGGGUUUUCUUCUGGCUGGAGCUUUCAAUCUGGGAGAUUAUCUGCCCUUUCUUGAGUGGUUUGAUUUAUAUGGUUUCCAAGCGGCUGUUAAAAGAUUGCACAGGAAAAGAGAUGGUAUCGUGCAGAUGUUGGUGGAUAAUCAUCGUAAGGAGGGAGGAACAGAGACGGAAGACCUGAUUGAUGUUUUGAUUUCGGCCUCAGAUGAUGGCAAAAUCAUGUCGGAGAAUAGUGACGAUGUUGUGAAGGCCACAGCCAUCAACAUCAUAAACGGAGGUAAAGAUACUUCCUCUGUAACCAUCGAGUGGGCAUUGUCAGCUCUUUUACAGAAUCCAGAUAUAAUGAUUAAAGCACAGGAGGAGCUUGACACUCAUGUGGGACGGGAUCGAAUGCUGGAGGAAUCGGAUCUUCCACAACUAAAAUAUCUGGAAGCCAUUGUGAAAGAAACUCUGAGACUGUAUCCCGCAGCACCUGUGUUAGUGCCUCAUGAAUCCAUAGAGAACUGCACUGUUGGUGGGUUUCAUGUCCCUGCAGGAACACGGCUCAUGGUGAAUGCUUGGGCCAUACAGAGGGAUCCAACCAUUUGGGAUCGGCCGGAUGAGUUCGAUCCCGAUCGGUUUUUGAAGAGUGCAGGGAAAGAGAUUGAUGUGAAAGGACAGAACUUUGAACUGAUCCCGUUUGGUUCAGGGAGAAGAAUGUGUCCGGGGAUGUCUUUUGCUCUGUGUGUGGUGACGUAUACAGUGGGUCGGCUGCUACAGAGCUUCGAGUGGGGCGUUGCAGGUGGUGGGGCGACAAUUGAUAUGAGAGAGGGAUUUGGACUCACAAUGCCCAGGGCUGUUCCAUUGGAGGCCCUCAUCAAACCUCGCCUUCCACGCCAUCUCUACUGACUUCUCUAACGAGAAAUCUUAUUGUUUCUAUCAGUGAAAGAUUUCAAUUGGUAUUAUCUGAAAUGACAAUGUUGUGUGGAUUGAUAGAAAUUGAGUGAAUUGUAAUGUUUUUUCUAGUGGAAGAUUUCAAUUGGUAUUAUCUAAAAUGACAAUGUAGUUUGGAUAGAAAUUGAGUGAAUUGUAAUGUUUCUAUUAGUGGAAGAUUUCAAUUAGUAUUAUCCAAAAUGACAAUGUUGCGUGGAUCAAUAGAAAUUGAGUGAAUUGUAUUGUUUCUAUCAGUGAAAGAUUUCAAAAUGACAAUGUUGUGUGUUUCGAUAGAAAUUGAGUGAAUUGUAUAGUUUCUAUUAGUGAAAGAUUUCAAUUGAUAUUAUUCAAAAUGACAAUGUUAUAUGGAUCAA